GUGUAAUAGAAAAACAUGGAUUAUUGUUAAAUAUUUACAAAAUUAUCAGAUCGAAGAUUACAACAAAUCGGUCGCAAUACGAAAAAAUGGUAGAAUGCUUGACCGAAAGGCCGGACAUUGUUCGCGGCUUUGCAAAAGGAGCAAAAGAGGAUGUAGUGGAGUUUUGGGAAAGCGUCGCUCAGCAGCUAAACAGCUUAGGCCCACCGACAAAAGAUGUAUCCAGCUGGAAAAAGGUAUGGCUCGAUUAUAAGUGCUACAUUAAAAGAAAACUUUCUGCAAGUAAAGCAGAGACGAGGGCAACUGGUGGUGGACCCAACAGAAUGCGUAAUUUCAAUGAGUUGGAGGAAAAAGUGAUCGAGUUGACGGGUUUGCACUCUUCCACAUCGGGGAUCAAUGGAGCUGUCUCUUUUGGUGUGGUAACAACACAGACGGUUACCCUACCGGUGGUGGAACCUGCGGCAGUCGUUCGUAUGCCAACUGAGCCAGACAAUGCCAAUGUGCAGAGGCGUUCCCCUCCGGCUGAGUCUGCAAACGAACUGGCAGAUAACGUGCGACGCAUGUACACAGUGCAAGAAAACAUGCAUGACAUGAAGAAAGAAAAAUUGCGUGAAUUAAAGCGGCACAAUAUUGAAAUGGAGGCCCUUAAAAGAAAGGAGCGUGAUUUGCAGGAAAAAUUACUGCGGAUACAAGAAAGAAGCCAGCGAAAAUGA